AUGUCAACGUUCCCGUCGAAGAUCCCCCUUCCCUCUCCGCCAUACGAUCGAGAUGGGAAGCAGAAGACAACAGACACUCAGCUUGCCAUCUACGCGAGCACGACUCGAAUACCAAUAGGGCAGCGACCUUGCAUCCAAUACAACCCUUCACAUUACGAUGGGCUACCAGGUCGGCGAUAUUGCGGACUUCCUCCGGAAGCCCUCCCGUAG